AUGAGUGCCGUUCCCAGAGGAUCGAUGAUCUCCCUGCUUAACAAACCAUCCGCUGCCUCGAUCAAUCGAACAGAUAGCCUCCGGACGCUGGUUCAGGAAGAUGUGAUGCUGGUCGAGGUAGCAUGGGAAGUGGCCAACAAAGUUGGAGGUAUCUACACCGUGAUUCAAACAAAGGCAAAGCUCACGACAGACGAAUGGCAAGAGAAUUAUGUGCUGAUGGGUCCAUAUUUUGAGCAUAACGUCAGAACACAAGUGGAGCUGGUGGAGCCACAGAACCCUGCUAUCAAACACACCAUUAACUCAAUGAAUUCCAAGGGCUGUAAGGUGUACUUUGGGAAGUGGCUGAUUGAGGGGAACCCAUCUGUUGUCCUGUUCGAUAUUGGUGUUUCAGCUUGGAACUUGGACCGCUGGAAAGCAGAGCUGUGGGAUUGCUGCUCCAUCGGGGUCCCCUGGUACGACCGAGAAGCCAAUGAUGCUGUUCUCUUUGGUUUCCUCAUCACUUGGUUCCUGGGAGAGUUUGUUUCCCAGUGCAAGGAGAAUUGUCCAUUUAUCAUCACUCACUUCCACGAGUGGCAGUCCGGUAUUGGUCUGAUCAUGUGCAGAUUCCGCAAGAUUCCUGUGGCCACAAUCUUUACAACACACGCCACGUUGCUGGGACGGUACCUGUGUGCUGGGAAUGCCGAUUUCUACAACAACCUUCCAAACUUUGAUGUGGACCGUGAGGCAGGUGAGAGGCAGAUUUACCAUCGAUAUUGCAUGGAGCGUGCAGCUGUCCAUUGUACUCACGUCUUCACCACAGUGUCAGGGAUCACAGCCAUGGAAGCAGAACACCUGCUCAAGUGCAAACCUCAUGUGGUCACUCCAAAUGGAUUGAAUUUGAAGAGAUUCGCUGUAAUGCAUGAGUUCCAGAAUUUGCAUUCUAUAAGCAAGAUGCGGAUUCAGGAGUUUAUACGAGGCCAUUUCUAUGGCCAUUUGGAUUUUGAUCUGGAUAAGACCCUAUAUUUCUUCAUUGCUGGCCGUUAUGAGUUCAGAAACAAAGGGGCCGAUAUAUUCCUUGAGGCCUUAGCACGACUCAACUAUCUCCUACAGACCCAUCAGAGUGUCGUGACUGUCAUUGCAUUCUUCAUCAUGCCCGCCCGGACCAACAACUUCAAUGUGGAGUCGCUGAAAGGUCAGGCAGUGCGGAAGCAGCUGUGGGACACAGCAAAUUCAGUGAAGGAGAAUUUUGGAAAGAAGUUGUACGAAUCGCUGCUGGUAGGGGAGUUACCAAAUAUGAGCAGGCUGAUUGACCGGGAAGAUAUCACCAUGAUGAAACGAGCAUUGUUUUCUACCCAGCGACACUCGCUGCCUCCCAUCUGCACUCACAACAUGUUGGAUGAUGCCACUGACCCGAUCCUGAACACCAUUCGACGCAUUGGUUUGUUUAACCACCCCAAUGACCGGGUAAAGGUGAUCUUCCAUCCAGAGUUCCUGUCAUCCACCAGCCCACUGCUUCCACUUGACUACGAGGAGUUUGUACGUGGUUGUCAUUUGGGAGUCUUUCCCUCGUACUAUGAGCCUUGGGGUUACACGCCAGCCGAAUGCACAGUGCUGGGAAUUCCCAGUGUCUCCACUAACCUCUCUGGUUUCGGCUGCUUCAUGGAGGAACACAUCACAAACCCAUCAGUAUACGGGAUCUACAUCUUGGAUCGCCGCUUUAAGAGUCCGGAGGAGUGCUGCAAUCAGCUCACCUCGUUUUUGUACAGCUUCUGUCAACAGUCCCGACGCCAGAGAAUCAUCCAGCGAAAUCGAACUGAGCGCCUCUCUGAUCUGCUGGAUUGGAACUACCUUGGCCGGUAUUACAAUCAUGCCAGGCUUCUGGCUCUUGCCAAAGCUUUCCCCAAUGAAUUCAGCCACAACGUGUUAGGAGUUUCAAGUAUUUACCACGUCUCAGACUUAUCACCGUUCCCUGUGACCCCAGUCUUGUCUGUCCACACCACUUCUCACUACCGUAACACUGAAGAUGAACAAUAUACUGAGGAAGGGGAGGCUGAGAAAGAUCGUUCAAGUAUCAAGCGGCAGUCCAUCAUGGACUUCCUCCCUGAUCUGAAUAGAAGUAUCAUGGAAUCCAUUGCGGCAUCAGCCAAUCCCAGCAUCAGUAGUUCUAGAAGGUCCAGCAAGCCUAUCGAUGACAACACCUUUGCCCAUCCCACCAUGCCCACUGAAGCCACCAGCCCAAGCAAUUUUACAGAUCCCAGCAGCUGGAGUAAUCCCAAUCCCACAAAUCCUAAUCCUACUAAUCCCACCAAACUUGCUGAUCCCAGCAGCCCAAGUAAUCCCACCAACCCUGCCGAUCCCACCAAUCCAAGCAGCUCAAGUAAACCCACCAAUCCCAGCAGCUUGAGUACCACCAAUCCCAGCAGCUCAAGCAACUCCACCAAUCCCAGCAGCUCAAGCAACUCCACCAAUCCCAGUGGCUCAAGCAGCUCCACCAAUCCCAGCAGCUCAAGUAAUCCCACCAAUCCCAGCAAACCCACCAAUCUCAGUAGCUCAAGUAAUCCCACCAAUCCCAGCAAACCCACCAAUCCCAGUAGCUCAAGCAAGUCAACCAAGCCUGGUGGAAUCUGAUGAUCCUCGUAUGCCAAGUAAAUCCAAAGAAACCAAGGAAGGUUCACAUCAGCACAUUGUGACUGCUCUCUUCCUUUAACCUGACAGAGUGUAACUGAAGUCCAUCCAAAUGGAAC